ACUUCUGGGCGUUGCUCGUCUCCAGGCCUGUGAUAAACCCGCUUCCCAACUAGUCAGGGGGUCCGAAAGAAGCGAUAGCGUCAGCUAUUCCUUUAUAGCAGCCCAUCUCCGGGCCAAGGAGUGUGCUGAGUGCUCGGGAGGAGAAGAAAAGCCCAAGGGGACACCACCCGAUGGCACACAUCUGCGAUACGGGGAGCAGGUGGAAGGUGGCUUUGGGGGGGGGGGGGGGGAGAAAGGCCUCUUUGCAGGGAGCCCUGACCAGGGAUUCUCAAAGGGAGGGCGGUUGAGGCAUCAGGAACCAACCGAAGGCGGCGAGUCGGCCAGUGGGGCUUGGCCUGGAGGGAAAAAAGGUGGGAGAGCCUGGAAGGGCAGGGAAGGCUCCACUACCCCACGUCCGGCUCACCAGCCGCUUCUUUCUCAGGGAGGAGAGGCAGACGGAGCCUGGCUGUGCCCCUUCCUCUGCCCCGAGCCCAGAGUCCUCUGUGUGUCUGCCCCCGACCCCUCCAGCGAGGAGCUGCCCUUCCCCUGUGCUCACUCUGCUUCUGUGGCUGUAAUGGGCGCAGUGGGAGCCCUCCCCUUUCUGUUUCCUCCCAGGGAAGAAAGGCCAGUGCUCCUUUGGUGGGAUGAUGAUGUACGACUCAGCUGUGUGGUCCCCCGAGCCCUGCGUCACCUGCCUCUGCUCCAGCGGGAGAGUGGUCUGCGAUGAGGCCACGUGCCCCCCCCAGCGGUGCCCGCGCCCCUUCACGCCCGAGGGCGAAUGCUGCCCCGUCUGCUCGGACUCGGUCUCCGAUUCAGUAUUUAAUAGAACUUCCUUAGGUGACGGCCUGGACCUUUCUGGUGAUUCUUUAGCCCCGAGUGAAUACACGGAUCUGCACCAAAAGGCAUUGCCACGGACAGCCACGGGAAGGGAGCACGAGUCUGAGGAAGAAGACUCUGGCGAAAAGGAUGGCGAGAAGCGUCAAAGGAAGAAAAGCACGGAGAGGAGGCAGCCCCAAGGGGCUCAUUCUGAGGAGAGGACAUCAGAGAAAGAGGGAAAACCAUCUCACGAGGCAGAGGACUGCUGGACCUCCAGAGAGGAAGUGGAAAAGGAGGCUCAUCGGAGCCCAAACCAAGAAAGUGAAGAGGAGGAAGAGGAAGGAGAGGGCUGCUUCUCGGGGGGCGCCCAGCUGCCCCCUUUGCCGAGUGCGUGCUCCAUCUCGGAGCGCAAAAUAAGCUGUAUCAAUGCCAAGCUGACCAAGAUACCUGACAUCGCAGACCCCGAGCUACGGAGCUUGGAGCUCAUUGGAAACGCCAUCCACUGCCUCCCGGAUAAAGCGUUCCAAGGAACACCCAAUUUGGAAAGGCUCGACCUUCGCAAAAACGCCAUCAGCUCUUCUGGGAUCGGUCCCAGGGCAUUCAAGGCCCUGAAGAAGCUGACCCACCUGUACCUGGAUGGCAACAGCCUGGUCGAGGUCCCCCCCGCACUGCCCCCUCGCCUGCUGGAACUGAAGAUCAACGAGAACAACCUUCAGUCGCUGGAGGAAGACAGCCUGGCAGAACUGCAGCAGCUGCUCAUCUUGGAACUGGAAGGAAACCGACUCAGUGAGUCCAACGUCAGCCCCUUGGCCUUUGCCCCUCUCAGGAGCCUGACUCACCUGCGCCUGGGACAAAACCGGUUCCGGAUCAUCCCCCAGGGCCUGCCAGCUUCCAUCGAGGAAUUAUAUGUGGAAAAUAAUCAAAUUGAAGAAAUCAAAGAAACUUCCUUUAAUCACACCAGAAACAUCAACGUUAUCGUGUUACAUCACAAUAAGAUUGAAGAAGACAGGAUCGAUCCUUUGGCGUGGAUCCAUCAUGAAAACCUGGAAUCCAUUGAUCUUUCUUACAAUAAGCUGUACCACGUUCCUUCCUACCUCCCCAAGUCCUUACUGCACCUGGUGCUGGUCGGGAACCGGAUCGAGCGAAUCCCUGGGUACGUGUUUGGCCACAUGAAGCCCGGCCUGGAGUACUUGUACCUUUCCUUUAACCGGCUGAGUGACAGCGGCAUCCACCCCGUGUCCUUCUAUGGGGCGUACCAUUCACUGAGAGAGAUUUUUCUGGAUUACAAUGAAUUAAAAUCCAUUCCGUGUGGGAUCUCGCGCAUGACCUCGCUACGCCUUCUGAGACUUAACAACAACAAGAUACGGCGCCUUCGCAGGGAGCGAAUCUGUGGGGUCGAGAACAGAGAUUCCCGGCUGGAGCACCUGCAUCUUGAAAACAAUUACAUCAGCGUGAGAGCCCUUUCACCUUAUGUAUUUCCAUGCAUUCGAUCCCACGCAAGCAUCGUCCUGAAGCCGCAAAAGGUCAAAUAGGAAGCGUGUUCGGUCUGCGUAUUCCUGGUCCGGCUCACGGCUCCGGGACGUCCCGUAAAGAUCGUGGAAGAACCUGACCGCUUCUCCCUGUGGCUCUCCAGCCCGCAAACCAGAGGACAGGGCCGCUUAAACUGGGGUCCUGUGAUCCCUGGGCAGCAGGAGCUGAGAGAGGGCCACCCCCACCCCACCCACUAACACUCCCUGGAUGCGCGUCCCUCAGAUCAUUCCAUGCCCCUGCUACAGUGAGUCAGCUCGGUGGGUAGGCUCCGUGUGGGCCUGUAGGAUGGAAGGACAGCCCGGUGGCCUCCGUUUGUCCCCAGUUAUGUGACCAGGGCCCAGGCCACAUUCCAACACCCGGAACUAUGAGGACCUGCUAAGCUGCACUGGUGGAGGAAGUGUGCACACUCGAAGUUCCCUAUGCUGAUAAGAGUACAGACCCUGAUCUCCCUCAGGACCAUGGAGCACCAUGGCUCCCAUAACCAGCCCCCCCCCAGGCCAUGGAGCCCAAAGCCCCCAGGAGCACCAUACCCCCAUAACCAGGCCCCCCCAGGUCAUGGAGCCCAAAGCCCCCAGGAGCACCAUGGCCCCCAUAACCAGGCCCCCACGGGUCAUGGAGCCCAAAGCCCCAAGGAGCACCAUGGCCCCCAUAACCAGGCUCCCCGGGACCAUAGAGCUCAAAGCCCCCAGGAACACCCUGCAUCCAGGCUCCGCUAGCUCAUGGGCACCAUUCUCAUGUCUCAGGUGACAUCACUUCAGCAGUCACACAUAGUGACCAUUGGAGAGCCACCUGAAAUGAGGGGCCUCCAGGACUUCCUGGCCAGUCUGGGGCCCGGGAAAGGGCUCACAUGAGCCGGGCCCCUUCCAAAAGUGGCUCCAAGGUCCCUCCUCAGGCACUUCCUCGAGACAGGACUUCAGAAGGGAAAGAGGCUGGCUUACUGAGGACAAGCUGAUCCUCCUGGACUUUCUCCCAGAAACAGAAAUGGUUGUGACAUGGACAUUUUCUUCCUGUGGGCAGCGAUCCACUCCCACUUCUCCCCAUUAACAAGUGCAUCCUUUCCUCUGAGACCUGAAUUAUAUCACUCAUUCACUUUC